UCAAACCCUAAUUUCUCAUCUUCAGUCAUGGCAGGCUCAGCCCCAGAAGGAUCACAGUUUGAUGCUCGUCAAUUCGACUCAAAAAUGAAUGAGUUGCUUUCAGCUGAUGAUGGCCAAGAUUUCUUUACCUCAUACGAUGAGAUUUAUGAUAGUUUUGAUGCCAUGGGUUUGCAGGAGAACCUUCUCAGGGGCAUUUAUGCAUACGGUUUUGAGAAACCCUCCGCAAUCCAGCAAAGAGGAAUUGUACCCUUUUGCAAAGGUCUUGAUGUAAUUCAACAGGCUCAGUCUGGAACUGGGAAGACUGCCACAUUUUGUUCUGGAAUUCUGCAGCAACUUAACUAUGAACUUCUGGAAUGUCAAGCUUUGGUCUUGGCACCUACUCGGGAGCUUGCACAACAAAUUGAAAAGGUCAUGAGGGCACUAGGUGACUACCUUGGUGUCAAGGUACAUGCCUGUGUGGGAGGAACCAGUGUUCGGGAGGAUCAACGCAUCCUUUCAAGUGGUGUUCAUGUUGUUGUGGGAACACCUGGACGUGUAUUUGACAUGCUGAGAAGACAGUCACUUCGCCCUGAUCAUAUAAAGAUGUUUGUAUUGGAUGAGGCUGAUGAAAUGCUUUCUAGAGGCUUCAAGGAUCAGAUCUAUGAUAUUUUCCAGCUCUUGCCUCCUAAGAUUCAGGUUGGUGUCUUCUCUGCUACUAUGCCCCCUGAGGCACUUGAAAUCACAAGAAAAUUCAUGAACAAACCUGUGAGGAUUCUUGUGAAGCGUGAUGAGCUGACGUUAGAAGGUAUCAAGCAGUUCUAUGUGAAUGUGGACAAGGAAGAAUGGAAGCUUGAAACCCUGUGUGACCUGUAUGAAACAUUAGCCAUUACCCAGAGUGUGAUCUUUGUGAAUACUCGUCGCAAAGUUGACUGGUUGACAGACAAGAUGCGAAGCAGAGACCAUACAGUGUCAGCUACCCAUGGUGACAUGGACCAGAACACUAGAGAUAUUAUAAUGCGUGAAUUCCGUUCUGGGUCCUCGCGUGUUCUCAUCACCACUGAUCUUUUGGCGCGAGGAAUCGAUGUCCAACAAGUCUCGCUGGUCAUAAAUUAUGAUCUCCCGACUCAGCCUGAGAAUUAUCUUCAUCGUAUUGGACGCAGUGGAAGGUUUGGUAGGAAGGGUGUGGCCAUCAACUUUGUAACAAAGGAUGAUGAGAGGAUGCUGUCUGAUAUUCAGAGAUUUUACAACGUUGUUAUUGAGGAGCUGCCAGCAAAUGUUGCUGAUCUCCUGUAAGAAGCUAUUUUCCUACCAAAUAGGAGCGGGUGGGUGGGUUCUACACAAUUCAAUCUCUUUUCCUUUUUACAUUUUCUGUGGUAUCUAAAUUAUGCACAUUGGCCUUGUGUAAUCCAUUAUUAAAUGCUAGCUGUUGACCUCAAGGGCUGUAUCUCAAGAGUAUUAUAAAAUGAUUCAACUUCACGCUA